GAGGAUUUUCUCUAAAUCCCUCUUCUGUUUGCUAAAUCUCACUGUCACUGCUAAAAUCAGAGCAGAUAGAGCCUGCGCAAUGGAAUAAAGUCCUCAAUAUUGAAAUGUGACAUUGCUCUCAACAUCUCACAUCUCUCUGGAUUUCUUUUUUCUCAUCAUUACUGCUAACAAAUUCAUUUCCAGACUUUGCACUUUUAAGAAGCAAUGGAAAAAAUCAACAGUCUUUCAACACAAUUAGUUAAGUGCUGCUUUUGUGAUUUCUUGAAGGUGAAGAUGCAUACUGUGUCCUACAUUCAUUUCUUCUACCUUGGCCUGUGUUUGCUUACCUUAACCAGUUCUGUUGCUGCUGGCCCAGAAACGCUGUGUGGUGCUGAGCUGGUUGAUGCUCUUCAGUUCGUAUGUGGAGACAGAGGCUUUUACUUCAGUAAGCCUACAGGGUAUGGAUCCAGCAGUAGACGCUUACACCACAAGGGAAUAGUGGAUGAAUGCUGCUUCCAGAGUUGUGACCUGAGGAGGCUGGAGAUGUACUGUGCUCCAAUAAAGCCACCUAAGUCUGCACGCUCUGUACGUGCUCAGCGCCACACUGAUAUGCCAAAAGCACAGAAGGAAGUGCAUUUGAAGAAUACAAGUAGAGGGAACACGGGAAACAGAAACUACAGAAUGUAAGAACAUGCCAUCCACAAGAAUGAAGAAUGAAUGUGCCAUCUGCAGGAUACUUUGCUGUAAAUAAAUUAUUUGUUAAACAUCGGAAGACUUAAAAAAAACUAUGGUUUAAAAAGCUUGAUGCAAUCUCAACCAAUGGGCAUUCUCCCAGUGAACAAUGCAACUAAACAUUCCAAUAUUAAGUCUUUUAGAGAACAGAACAUUUUAACCAGCCCAGAGCAACAUAUUCUGUGGUUGAUAUAUUACUGUUUGUUAACUUGUUUUAAAUGUCCUGCACAAAAUCUCUUAAAGUCCUGUGCCCCUCAAAAGCCUACAAAUUUAUGGGCCUUUGAUGGAUCCAAUUGCACUAAAUUAACCUAUGAACACUGGCUGCUGGAGUCAUUCGUCAGCCUUGUCUAAGUGGUGUUUUUUUUUUUUAUUUGCACUUCUAUACAAGCAACAGGCUGUUUGUUUUACAGUGUCUGAUAACAUUGUUUGUCUACCCCUUCAUAUUUGCACAGUUUGACAUUCCCAGUAACAGCAGCAGUAAGGUAACAUAUACAGUUUUAAACAUCCAUUAAUUCCAUCUGUGGCAUUUUGACAGAAUAUGGGUUAUAGAUACAUUUGUUUUAAUACAGUUUUAUUUUUCUUUCUCUUGCAAAGAUGCAGUUAAUUGCAAUUUGUGAGACAAAAGAUUUUAAAAGCAGUUAAAGCAUACAUAGGCUCUCAAACCAUUAAUGAUUCUUCCAGGUAAUUGUUUGCAACAGUAUAGGUAACUUCUUUCUUCCUCCAUAUAAUGCAGUAUGUAAAAUUUAGCAUAUCAAUAAUACACAUAUAUCAAACAGUAUGUAAAAAUCUCUGUUUUAUAGUACAAAGGUGCUAUUUUAUAGUUUGUUAUAUGAAAGGGUCUGGCCAAAAUGGUAAUAGGUAAAAGCAAAUAUGGAAAUAUGAAGCCAAAGAAUAAAUAACAAAAUAGUUUUAAGAAUAUUCAGUUAAAUGAACUAAAAUGGCUUUAGAUUCCAAUAUGAAAAUAACUUUCCCGUCUUAAAAAAAAAAAAAAAAAAAGAGAUAUUUUGCUUUUUUCCUUUUAGAUGUUUAAAUGGUAGUGUUUUCUCUUACAGUUAUAUGAACAGAAUUAUAGAUGACUAGGGUCAGAGAAGAUGAUAAAACAGUUCUCAAAUGACUUCAAAGUGUAGUGCAUCAGGGCCUAAAUCUUUCUCAAAUACCAGAAUUCUCUUCAAAGGUAACAGAAGGUUCAUCAUGUUCUUUACCAUUUCAGUUCUUCCCAAAAUCUGAUGUGACUGAAUUGACUGUUAAUUAGGCCACUGCAUCUCUCUGUAAAUCAGAAAAAGCUAAUCUAAUCACAAAAUUACAGUGUUGAAAGUGUUCAAGAAGAUAUGAACCAUAACGUCCUUCAGACUGCUACUUAAGCUAGCAUUUCAUGCAUUCUUACAGGAGACCCAUACAUAUUUCCAGAUAAUCUGAGUCAUAAAACCUUGAUAUGGAAUGCACUGAUUCUAACUUGAAUAAUACUGUUUCCUAUGCCCCACUUUUGUAAAUCAAGUCAGUGCUAGAUUAGCCAUGCAAUAAGGUGGAUAGAUAGCCAACAGUGUCCCAGGGUGAACAACAAAAAUCUUUAUGUGAGAAAGGAAGAGGAGGCAGGGGAGAAUGCAUGGCUCCAUCCUUUGCAUGGUUCCACAUGACUUCUUCCACCUCACCACCCUGCACGCAAGCAAGCUCAGACAAGGGAAGAAGAAUCCCUUGGUCACCUGUAAAGAAGGCAUAGAGAAUACUGUAUAAAGGAAGCAAUUAGGGAGAUGUUAGAUCAGAUCUGUAAAGGCAAUAUUUCUCUUCAAAGACUCAAACUUACCUAACCUUCUACUACAUGCAAGGGAGUAGACGACUGAAUUGAUUAAAAUACAAAUGAGAAGAAUUUCUGUAGAUUGUAUGUUUUACAGCUCCUUAAUAGUUUCUUGUGAAACAUAUAGGAAAUGUAGGUCUUAAAAGUCUAACAAAUUAUUUGCUUGUUCCCAUUUUAUUCCCUUAGGAAAUUUGGGUUUCAUAUUUUUUCCAAGAAAAGUGCAAUGUAUUCCUGUGUAAUUCUUUAAGCCCUCCACUUUCUGUGAAAUGCAUGUUUAUAUGCACAAUAGGCUGCUAUCACAUUGUAAAAGCAGAACAGUAAAUGAAUAAAAAGAAUCUGCCACAGCUGUCACUGACUGAGAUAGGUAUGUUGAAAAAAGGAAGAAGGUACAGAAAAGUAGGUGGGAACGGUAACCUAAGUUAUUUACCACCAAUUCAAUACAAAAAGGUAGCAAUUCUGAUAUCUAUCACAGCUCUUAACAGACUUUUUUUUUGGUGGGAGGGAUGGAGAGGGAAGUGGCUUUAAUUUCAAUAGCUGUUAAGAAUUCUUAAACACAUUCUAAGAAUAAGACAUUAUUUUGAAGUCACAAACAUAAUACAUACUUCCAUUUUGUGUACCUCGACUCCUUCUGUCCCUACCUGUUCUGAAGUUCUAUGAGGAGGAGGGAGGAAAGCUAUAAGCACAAAAAGCAAUUUUCAGAUCUCUGUGAU